AUGCUUGUAAACCAGCCUGAUCUGGCUCGUUACUGCAAGCAGCCUCGUGAUGCCGCGUGGCUCCAGGGUGCCGCCUGCUUCUUCUCAAAGGUGUUGGUCUUCUUUCUGGGACUUGCAGCGACUGCGUCGAUUCAAGGAGCCUGGGUACUCGAUCACCACUGGACCGCGGCCUCCCGUACUGCCGUCUUUCUGUGCAGCUUCUGCUUCCUUUUCAGCGCCUUUGGAACGAACUUUGGCGCGAAUUCCAUCCCAUUCGGCGCUGAUAUGACCGGUCUCUUCCCAAAGUAUCUAACCAUCAGACGGGGCCAGGUCCUCUGUGCUAUUCUCGGUGUUGCUGUCGUCCCCUGGAAGCUCCUUACCAACGCAAAGACAUUUCUUAGCUUCUUGGGCAGCUACAACAUCUUCAUGGCACCUCUCUGUGCUGUCAUCUUGGUCGACUACGCCUUCACCAGGAAGGGAAACAUUCAUGUCCCGUCACUUUACGAUGGAUCGAAGGGUGGACUGUAUUGGUUCUGGUCCGGUGUCAACUGGCUAGGCGUCUUUGCUUGGUGUGGUGGUGUCGCCAUGGGUCUUCCAGGUCUCGUUGCCACGUACCAGCCCCAUGCUGUUAGCAAGGCCGGCCAGAAUAUGUACCGAAUGGGUUGGAUCUUGACUUUCAUCACCGCAUCGGUCAUCUAUUUCGCGCUCACAUUCUUCAUCAAGCCGCAAAUCUUCCCUAACGGCACGGCGAGACCGGUGACCUAUGAAUAUCUGGCGAAGAAUGGCAGGGAAGGCUUCUUUGAAGGUGAAAGGGGGGAGGCGAUCUCUGCCCCUGGCUCGCCGACGAUCACUGACGCGGAGAACGUGCACAUCCCGGAGAAGGGUGACAAAGUCAGUAUCUAA